CCUGUCGCUAGGAUACUCUGCCCUCCUCUGCCGUGCAGGGAGCGACGCCAUUGGUGGAUGAGUGAUGGGGGAAGUGCUGCUCCUCUUGAAGUUGGUCACCUUCUGCCAGUAAAACUGUUGAACCCAAGAGAGGAAAAAAAAAGGAAAGUAAACGCUGUGUGUGUUUUUUAAGGAGCAUUUUAAAUGAUAGCCAGCUGGUGGAAGGUUUAGCCACGUAGUGUUUGUUAGGGGUUCUGUGGUUCCGACAUGGAGUUCGGUGAAGAGUCGUCUCCGGCUCUGGCUUUCGAGAAGGAGGCGUUCGAGCUGACGGUGGAAGAUGUUUAUGACAUUUCGUAUGUGAUCGGGCGAGAUUUGUUGAAAAUCAGCAACACGGGCGAAGAGGUGUCGGACCUACAGUUCCGAAUAGUCCGUGUGCUGGAAAUGUUCGAGACUCUGGUCAACAAGUACAACUUGUCUCUGGAGGAGCUGAAAAUGGAGCGGGACAACUUGAAGAGUGAACUGGACCGGAUCAUCAAGGAGAGCUCCUCCGGACAGGCCGGCACGCAAACAGCGGGACCCAACCAGCUGGUGAUAGACCUGACAGACCCGAACAGACCUCGCUUCACCAUGCAGGAGCUGAAGGAGGUUCUGCAGGAGAGGAACCAGCUGAAGGCCCAGCUCAUGGUGGCCCAGGAGGAGCUGCAGCUGUACAAGAGUGGGAUUCUGCCACAGGCUGAACCAGCCAUGGUGGAAGUGGAUCUGGAGACCCCAGCAGCUACAGAGCACAAACCAGAAACGAUAAAUGAUACAAAAGAGGAGAAGACGACCAUAGGAAAACUGUUUUCAUUCAGGCGAAAAUAAGAAAAAACCUUCCACAAGACUAACUGGACAUGUAGCAGACAAACAGGAUUUGUCAGCACAGUUUUCUCAUCAGUAAACCACUUUUAUAUUGACUGUAUUUUUUUUUUUUUACAAUGUAUUUGUCAAUCUAACAAGCACUGUGUUUUAUACUGGUAAUUUCAACCUGAUAUGGUUUAUAUUAAUAGUAGAAAUAUAUAUGAUGUGGAAAGUUUUGGUGGAGAUACCAAAUGAAACUGGAAAGUAUUAUCAAACUACCGUUGGAGAUCAUGUUGAAUGCUUUCACUCAAUAUGUAAGUAUUUAUAGGCUUGAAUUGUUUAAUAUAAUUCCAGAAUUAAGCCUUCUUGGGGCUUUUUUAUGUUGGUCCAGUAAUCCUGAACCCAUUUUCUGUCAUUCUCAACUGUCAGCUAUGAAAAAAAGGAAAAAGGGCCACAAUUUGCAACAUUUAUAAUAGUAAUAAAAAAAAAAGAUCUUUUCUUCUGUGA